GUGUGAGUCAAUAUUGACAAGUCAAACCCUGUGCGAAAGUGAAAGGGGCGGGGCUUUUCAUGAUACCGCACAAACAAGUCAAACGUGCGUCACCGCGUCACCUUAUCGUUGAACAUAUACAAAGGUGACGUGGCACAUACGCGCCGUGCAUACUAUCCACACAACUGACGCAGUGGCAUCGCAUCAUGGCAACAACAUGGCAACAGAGUGAAGAGAAGGCAGAGUUGACCGGAGAUGUGGUAGCCAGUGUUCGGAAUCUGCGUGAGGCUAUAAAGGUUGCGAACAAGUACGGCAUCUCUCUGGGAGGAGCGAAGACCCUGGAGCAAGUAAAAGAGAGACUGCAGCAGCACGUGUCGGACAAAACGACGACAAAGGAAGACUUUGAGAUCCUUGCUGUUGUAGCUGACUUAAAAGAUGACGACAGCAGAAAGCGACAGUUGUUACAGGUGCACAUUAAGGAGAUGAGAGAGUUCAUGAGGGAUUGUGACAAAAGCAUCGAGGCGCACCUCAGGAUAGAGCAGACGGUAACAGACGCCGAGACGGACUUUGCUUCCCGCCUCGAGCAGUUGGAGUCGGACUGUCCUAUCCUUGUGGCAGGCGAAACAUCCUCAGGCAAGAGCAGUUUGAUCAACCUUCUUUUGGGAGAGGAUCUACUUCCAUCAGCCCAUCUAAGCAGCACGUCUGUCAUCUGUAAGAUCAGGUACGGAGAAAAGAAAAGAGCCGUCAUCAACUACGCUGACGGUCGGCAAGAAACCCUCUCCGUCCCCGAAGGAGGGGACGCAGGGACGUUCACGUCUCUUCUCCACACCCAUCUGCACAAGAAGUCAGACAGAGAGAAGCGGUCUCAAUACCGAGACGUGGAGAUUUUCUUCCCACUGAAAUUUCUCAAGAGCGGCAUCUUCAUCGUAGACGGCCCGGGGAUUGGAGAGAACCAGACCAUGGAUGGCGUGCUGUUGGACUACCUUCCCAAUGCAUUCGCCUUCAUCUACGUCAUCAAGAGUGACAACGCCGGUGGCGUGCAGAAAGAUAGGCUUCAGCAGUUAUUGAAAACUGUUGCAAAAAGAACCAAACUGCAGUCAGUGAACCCAGCCGCCGCCAUGUUCGUCUGUAACAGGUGGGACUUGGUCGACGAAGGCGAACGCGAGAAGGUGAGACGUGACACGGUCCAAAAGCUGAAGACGUGCUGGCCGGGAUUCAGGGAGACACAGCUCUUCUGCAUGGACAGCAAGUCCGAACUGGAGAACUCCAAGCACGGCCACAAGUCGCGAGAUUUCGAAAACCUCCUAUAUGGUAUCCGAAACCUCAUCCCAUGCAGCCUUCAGGCAAAGAUCCGUGCCUCCUCCAGGUGGCUUGAGUACGUUGUCGGCCGUGUUCUCCAUCACGUGAAGACAUACCUGUACAAGUCAAAGAUGACGAGCCUCAAGCUGAAGGAAGUUUUCCAGAAGACAAGACAGGAUUUGGAAGAGAUAAAAGAUGAAGCAGAUAAAACCAUAUCCUCGCUGCAAAAAGAGGUGGAACAAAGUAUCACAAGAGAAGCAGAUCGCCUGAAGACCUACCUGGCAUCACCGGACGCAGAGGAAGCCAUGAAAGGUUGGAGGAAAACUGUCAUCCCAGACGUGACGGAAGGGGUCGAGUGGGAUGUUGUGAUGUAUGAAAUGGAGACGUGCAUCAACAACCGAAUGGAAAAGGUUGUAGAGGAAUGGGGGGAGGAGAAAGGCUACAUAGGGUCGGAAAUGGACCGCCUGAUGCAAGAACUGAUGACCAAAGUCUUCCCCCAUCAACUUCGGCUCAAACAAAUUGAAGAGGAGAUCGAGGUCAUCGGAAAAAGUGGUAGCAACCAGUCUGAGAUAGUAAGACGCAUUUCUAUGGCGAGGUAUUUCCGAACAUUCAACCAGGGUGAGGCAGAAAGCACUUCGAGGAAAACAAGGGACCGAAAAGACAGCACCAACAUCGACCUGACGUCAUCCUUCUUGGCCCUUGGCAUUGUGGGGGCUGUCGCAGCGGGGCCGGUUCUUGCUUUCUACGGUGUGCAGUCUCUCCGUAAGAAGUACAAAGACAAGAAAGAAAAGGACAAGUAUGUAGAAGAUGGACCAAAGUACGUCGAAAAAAAGGCAGUUGAAGCUCUAAAGGCGUUUUCCCAGAACGACGAGGGAAUCCGUAAGUACGUAGAGGAAAGCUACAAGCCCAUCCGAGAUCGGAUGGAGAGCUUCCAAACGAGCCUCCAGAAGCAAAUGAAGGCACAAUUGGAGCUCAUGACGAAGAUCGAAGACGACCGCCGAAGCAAGCUGCAGCUUGACUCCGACUACACUCCUAUGUUAAAGACGAUGGAAGAAAUGCAAGCUAAACUGGAACUCUUUAACCUACAAGAGCUCCCCCUUGUACACCCCGACGCUGUCUGUUGCCAGAGUACAGACGAAACCGUUGUAAGCAAUACCGUCUUUGCGGUAUCUGUCAAGGGAUUCAUGGAAGGAAAGGAAGUAAUCAUCAAGAAAUACCACGGCGCCAUUGACGUUGAAAGUGCACGAGACAUCGGAAGGAUGAGAAACAUUCGGCAUCCCAACAUUCUGGCUUUCAAGGGAGUCGACUUUUCAUCCUGUGCACCCAGGCUGGUCCUAGAGACAGCUGACAAAACUCUGCGGCAAGUAGUCCCUGCCGGUGCUGUUCACUGCGGAAAGGGGGGGUUCGUCUUCCGACAGACCAUCCUAUAUGCCAUAAAAGGAAUCUGCAACGCCCUCUCCUAUCUGCACGAGAACAACCUUGUCAGCUUUGAGUUGUCACAGGACACUGUCCAGGUUGUUGGAGACACGGAGUUCAAGCUUCUUCACGUCGGCGUACCCAGGAAGGUUAAACUUCCCCCGGAUGUCGACACGAAGGGCAGUGCAUUCGUCUACCUCCCACCUGAGACACUCCAAGGAGAUCACGUGUACGACAGUCGCUCUGACAUGUACAGCCUCGGGCUGGUGAUGUGGGAACUAUGGUACCACCAAAAGGCAUUUGAGGAUAUGACACACCUUCCUUUGGAGACAUUCCUCAGGGAUCAGUACAACAGGCGCCCGAACACGUCCGACCCCGGCCCGAGUAACGGCAUGUCUGGGGAGGUGGGGAAGAAGUGGAGGGGCAUGAUUGACAGGUGCCUGGUGAUGGCAAGAGAAAAACGAGACGUUCUCCCGUCUGACAUCAUCAACGAUCUAGACAGUUUCUAGUGAGGGGAAAAGUCAUAGUUUUAAGCUAGGUGAGCUAGGUACAUGGGUUUUGAAAAAUUAUGG